AUGUCUAGUCACAGAGACGGGGUGAAUCCCCUCCGGCCAUACUACAUUCCGCCGUCCAUUGGCGAAGCUCAGGAGCCGCCGACACACGUCCCCGGCCCAAACCCGUUCUCACACGGCAAUGCCACCGGCAAGUACGCGUCCAAGGCACGCGACAUCUUCUCCGACCUCGAUUACAAGGACUACAUCGCAGAGCCUUCGCCCUCCGCCGUCAGGACGAUCAAGGACUUGGUCGAUGAGCUACUAUGGAAGUACACAUCCGUGCUGAUGGCACAGCCAUUUGAAGUGGCCAAGACAAUUCUCCAAAAGGAAGGCGCAUGGGGCGUGUGGAAAGGAUCCAACGCUACCUUUCUCUACAACGUCUUGCAGUCAUUGCUGGAGAACUGGUCAAGAAGCUUGCUAAGCGCCCUGUUCAACGUGCCGGAUCUGGGCGUCAAAGACGAUUUGGACCGGUUUAUUGACAUCGCAUCACCUUAUCCGUGGGCAUCGCUGUUCGUCGCUGCUGCUGCCGCCGUAGCGACAGGCCUCAUUCUCUCACCUCUCGAUAUUGUCCGAACUCGUCUCAUUGCGACCACUACCUCCAAAUCACCCCGCCGAACUCUACCCAUUCUACGCUCCCUUCCGUCAUACACCUGUCCGCCGAGCCUCGUCAUCCCCACAGCUCUGCAUUCUCUCGUCCAUCCACUCCUAGCAUUGACUACGCCUCUUGUGUUGCGGACAAAGUUCAUGAUUGAUCGUGAGGUAUCACCCACGACAUUCUCAGUGGCCAAGUUCUGCUCGUCCUCAGUCGCACUCUUCAUCAAACUCCCGCUCGAAACGGUGUUGCGCCGAGGACAAGUGGCGGUGCUGAACAGUCCCUCUUAUAUGCGCGCAAUCGAGCCCUCCGUAGUUAUGAAAGCCAAGGCUCGCGAGGACAAGGCCUCUAUGGACACUAUCAUACAGCCUGGCAAGUACAAUGGCGUCUUUGGGACGAUGUCCACCAUUGUUCACGAGGAAGGCUCACAUAUGAUACUACCCGCUCCGACAAAAGGGAAGCCCGCUACGAAGAAGAGCAAAACCAAGGUAGCCGAGACGGUCUACCGAAAAGGUCAGGGACUGGAGGGUCUCUGGCGAGGAUGGAAGGUCAGUUGGUGGGGUCUCGUCGGACUCUGGACUGCUGGCGUGGUUGGCGGCGGUGGAGACGGCGAGUUUUAG